AUGUCCAGCGCAUCUGCAAAACCACCUGCCUGGCUCUUCUCCAACAACACCAACAACAACCCUACCGACAAGGGCCUCACAAGCACCUCUUCCGCAACCACCAGCACAAACGACGAAAUGGUCAAGUCAAAACCUUCUGCCAGCAAUGGCGUCGAGUCUCAAUCUCAGCCUCCUGCGCAGCUGCUCGACCUCGUAGAGCAGUUCCUCUCCGAUAAUGCCUUCACCAGCGCCCUUAGCGCCUUCAAGAAGCAGCGAUCCAAGAAGGGUUGGGGUGAGGCUUCUGAGGCCAGCAGUGGAAACACUCUUGUGAGUGUCUUCCAGUCCUGGGAGAACGCCGCCAAGGCCCCCGCCGACCGAGACGUCGACAUGGAGGACUCGAGCAGCUCCAGCUCCAGCUCCAGCUCAGACAGCUCCAGCUCCAGCGAAAGCAGCGACAGCGAGAGUGAGGAUGAAAAGCCUUCUUUCCGCGCAAAGUCUCCUCCCAAGGGCAACAAGAACUUGAAGCGCAAGGCUCCCCCAAGCUCCAGCUCCAGCUCCAGCUCCAGCUCCAGCUCCGACUCCUCGUCUGAUUCCAGCUCCGAUUCCAGCUCGGAGGACGAGAAGCCCAGCCCCAAGAAGCAAAAGGUCGCCGCUCCUCCCCCCGCCAAGAAGCAAAAGGUUGCCUCUCCUGCCAGCUCCGAGUCCGAGUCCGACUCUGACUCCUCCGACUCGAGCUCCGAGUCCAGCUCCGAGUCCAGCUCCUCAGAUGAGAGCUCCAGCUCCGACGAAAGCUCCGACAGCGAGUCUGAAGUCGACGCCGCAGAGGCCGCCAAGGUGCCCCUCCCUGAAUCCGACUCCGACUCCUCUUCAUCUUCCUCCUCCUCAGACUCCGACUCGGAUUCCGACGACGACAAGAAGAAGAAGACCACGAAGAAGACGAAGCCCGUCAACGGCGUCGUCAAGAAGGAACAAUCCACCGACGAGUCCUCCCCCUCCGACUCCUCCGUCACAAUCGACUCCCUGCCCAACCCCCCCUUGCCACCCAACCCGCGCGACAAGAAGGUCAAGGCCGAGCCCUUCUCGCGCAUCCCCAAGGAUAUCAAGGUCGACCCCAAGUUUGCUUCCAACGAGUACGUCUCCAUGAGCUACUCCCAGCGCGCCCACGAGGACCUCAUUGUGACAAAGGGCAAGGGCUUCACCAAGGAGAAGAACAAGAAGAAGAGGGGCAACUUCCGCGCCGGUGUUAUUGACAUUGGCGAGAAGAAGAGCAUCUACUUUGACGACUGA